UUGGGAACUGCUUCCUUCCUACUUUCACAGUUUUUGGAUUCUUUCCUUCUCACCAUUUUGGAUCCAUCACACACAUCCAACUCAAUACAUUUCACUCUUCACUUCUCUCUCUCUCUCUCUCUCUCUCUCUCUCUCUCUCCUUCAAAGUUCAAACCUUUGGAAGAAGAAGAAAAAACCAUAGUUCCUCAGUUUCAAAACUUGAAGAACAACAUGAGAAAAAACCACCUUAAAUGGUGUUCCACUUAGGUGAGUUAACUUCAAGUUAUUUUCCCAAAAACCCAAAUAAGAAAAACAGAAAAAAAUCAUUUUUUUUCACUUCCAUCACUAUUUUCAUUUAAAGUGAUUUUAAGCCAAUAGAUAUGUUAGAAGUAAACAUCCUAGUACUGUACUUUGUUUUACUUGUCUGAAAUUUGUAUAAAGUUUAGAUUUUUAGGAUUUUUGUUCUUGUAACAUAGAUGUGAUUUGACUAGGUUCUUGUUUGGUUGGAGGAGAAUAUUUUCUUGUGUUUUAUUAUUAGAUGUCAGAAACUAUGUAUCCUAAAUUGUUAUUUGAACAUACCCAUUUGAGAAUUCAUCAAAAAGAUGAAUACUUUAUGAAUUUUCCACCACCAUCACUACCAUCUCCAUCAACACAAUCUUCAUCAAGUUCUUCAACAAUAACACCAGCAUCAUCUUCUUCAUCUUCUAGUACUAAGAUUAGUCCAGCUGUUCUUUUCAUCAUAGUUGUUCUUGCUGUUCUUUUUUUCAUAUCUGGUUUACUUCAUUUACUUGUUAGAUUUCUUAUAAAGCAUCCAUCUUCAUCAUCUUCUGCUCAAUCUAAUAGACAACAACAUAAUGAGAUUUCAACUUCUGAUGCACUUCAAAGACAGCUUCAACAGCUUUUUCAUCUUCAUGAUUCUGGUUUAGAUCAAGCUUUCAUUGAUGCACUUCCUGUUUUUCAAUUCAAGGAAAUUGUUGGUUUGAAUGAGCCUUUUGAUUGUGCUGUUUGUUUGUGUGAGUUUUCGGAGAAAGAUAAGCUAAGGUUGUUACCUGUGUGUAGCCAUGCUUUUCAUAUAAGUUGUAUAGAUACUUGGUUGCUUUCGAAUUCAACUUGUCCUCUUUGUAGAGGAACACUUCAAACUAAUGGGUUUUCUAUUGAAAAUCCGAUAUUCGAUUUCGAUGAUCUUAGAGACGACGACGGUUGUCCUUGUAACGGGGAAAACGGAUUCGGUAAUAGACAAAAGGAAAUUGUUGUUGAAGAUGUUGUCGAUAAAGGGGUUUUGCCAGUUCGGCUCGGGAAAUUCAAGAAGAUGAACGCUGAAGUGGGUCGAGAGAACGAAGAAGUCGGUGAAACGAGUAGUAGUAAAUUGGAUGCAAGAAGAUGUUACUCAAUGGGAUCUUACCAAUAUGUGGUUGGAAAUUCAGAGUUAAGGGUAACUUUGGAUGCAUUAAACCAUGAAAGUAAAGUUCAUCAUGAUGAUAGAAGGAUGAACAAAGGAAUUGAAAACAGUGAGAAUCUUUGUGUAGAAAGUGAUUUGGAAGGAAAGAAGAUUAGUAAUGUUAGUAAAGGUGAAAGUUUUUCGAUUUCGAAGAUUUGGUUGUGGCCAAGGAAAGGGAAAUUUCCUUCAAGUUCUUUAGAAGCUCAUAAUGGAAUGGCAUUACCAUCUUAUCUUAACAAAGAUUUGCAGCAUCAUGGAAUGAGGAAAACAGAUGGUGUAUGAAAUAAUGAAAGGUAUCUUAUAUUAACUUUGUUUCUUCAUUCACUUGAAUAUUCAUUUUAAUCCAUUGAUUGAAGUUGCUUCACUUUGCAUUAGAGUUCCAAGAGAAUUUGGUGUGCUAAUUUUGAGAUUGUGACAUAAUAUUUUGAUGUAUUAUUAUAGAGAAAGCACAAGAAAUACAAUUCCUUUCUUUCUUGGAAAAAAAUCUUCUAACUUCAUAGUAUGAUGAAAUUGAAUUUGUGGUUGUAAAUGUUGAUAUGAUCUUACCGAAUAUGCGACGAAUAUGGAUUCGCUACAAAAUUGAAUCCAAACAAUAUGAUAUGAUAUGAAUCUUUAGUGUGUA